AUGGCCGCCGUCAACCCCAACGAGCCCUCCCAACCCUCCCAAGACAUAGCAUACAACACAGCAGGCAACCCAGCCUCGAAAGAACCCGCAGAAAAGGCAACUUCACAGGCACAAGCCAACAGCAAUGCACCACAUGUCGACCAACGCAUCCCCUCCAAACAAACAACCACGAUAGACGAAGCAACCCCCACCUCCAUGGCCCGCGGCGUGCGCGGCAAAGGCGCUUCCGAAGACACGAGCCAACUCACCGAUCAAGAGCAAGGCAAGAGUGCGGACGUCAAUGCCGAACAAAUGGCCGGCUACGGCGAGGGACGAGUCGCAGAAGCCGUAGAUAAGCAGUCGGGAGCUGGUGGUGGGGAGCCAGGGCUCGAGACGGAUCUGGACCGCAAGAAGGCGGAGCAGGCGCCGGCGAGGGAGAAGAUGAAGCAGGAGGAGAAGAAGGAGGUGGAUGUGGGUGGAGUGUUGGGGCAGAGAGGGGGGCCCGCGAAUCCGGUUGAUAAGGAGGGUUAUCCUAAUAAGAGUGCGUGA